AUGUGGGGCUCUGUGAUUCUGCUGGGGAUCUGUGGAAGCCUGCUCUUCCUUCUGCUCAAGAUCCAAAGGCCAAACAAGUUCCCUCCUGGACCCCGCGCCCUGCCGCUCUUUGGGAAUCUGCUGGACUUCAACCUGGUCAACCCUCUAAAUGAUCUACAGCGGCUGUCAGAUCAGUAUGGGAAGGUUUUCAGUGUGUUUAUCGGGUCGCGGCCGGCGGUGAUCCUUAAUGGAGUGGAGGCGAUUAAGGAGGCUCUGGUGACUAAAGGCGUAGAUUUUGGCGGGCGACCUCAAGACCUCAUGGUGAACGAUGUGCUGAAAGACAAAGGUUUGAUUCUGCUUGAUUAUGGACCUGUCUGGAAGGAACACAGGCGCUUUGCCCUAAUGACCCUGAGGAACUUUGGUAUGGGGAAGCAGUCUAUGGAAGACAAAAUCCUAGAAGAGCUUUCUUACGUUAUUUCCAAGCUGGAGAAAUCUGUUGGAAAAUCGGUGAGUCCUGAGACGAUGUUCCACAAUACUUCAUCAAAUAUUAUUUUUACGGUUCUCUUUGGAGCACGGUAUGAGUAUGAUGAUGAGACCCUUAAGAUCUUUAUCAAGCUCUUCACUGAGAAUGCAAGGAUUGCCAAUGGACCAUGGGCUAUGAUUUACGACAGUGUUCCUCUGGCACGGAGGCUGCCCUUGCCUUUUAAAAAGGCUUUUGAGAAUUGUGCAACGGCAAAGAAAAUGUGCAUAAAUUUGGUGGAACAGCACAAGAAGGCCAGGGUCCCAGGAGAGCCCAGGCAUUUCCUGGACUGUUACCUGGAUGAACUCGAGAAGAAAGGAGAUGACAGGUCCUCUUUUGAGGAAGCACGGAUUAUUUGGAAUAUUUUGGAUCUACACUUUGCUGGAACGGACACCACAUCCAACACACUUCUCACUGCCUUCCUUUAUCUCUCUACUCAUACAGACAUUCAGGAGAAGUGCUAUCAAGAGAUCAGUGAGGUUCUGGAGGGGAAAGACAAGGUGUGUUUUGAGGACAGGCACCAGAUGCCCUACACACAAGCUGUUAUCCACGAAUCCCUGCGUGUGGCCCGCACCGUCCCUCUCAGUGUGUUCCACAGAACAACUAAAGACACAGAGCUGAUGGGUUAUCGCAUUCCAAAGGGCACUCUGGUAAUUCCCAACCUGUCCUCUGUGCUGUCGGAGGAGGGACAGUGGAAGUUCCCUCAUGAGUUCAAUCCUUCAAACUUCCUAAAUGAGCAAGGACAGCUGGACAAGCCAGAGGCCUUUAUGCCCUUCUCUGCUGGGCCCCGGAUGUGUCUUGGUGAAGGCUUGGCUCGUAUGGAGCUCUUCCUGAUCAUAGUCACACUGUUGCGUCGCUUCAAGUUUAGCUGGCCUGAUGAUGCUGGGGAUCCAGACUUCUCUCUCAUUUUUGGGGUGACUAUGACACCCCAACCUUACAGCAUGAUGGUGACUCUGAGGAAGCCAUAGUUAACCCACAGAACCACAGUAAAAACAAUAAUAAAUACUGUCAUUCCUUACUA